UGUGAUUAAGAGCUUGUUGGUGUGAGGUUUUCUUUCCCCUAGUCAAAAUUAAGAAAUGGCUACAUUAGACGAUAAAAUAUUGGGUGAAAAACUACACAACUAUUGCAGUAGUAGUGAAGAUGAAGGCGGAUCUGAUUACGAAGAUAGCAGAAGCGGUGAUGAAGAAGGCAACAUGCCUUCUGUAUCUAAGGAAAAAUGUGAACCACCACCUAUCAAUAAUUGGUCGGGUUCAGCUACGAAUACUGGUCCUAAAGGCGUACUUGAAGACUGGAGAAGAUAUAAACAAUUAGAGGCAGAAAAUCGUGUAGAAUUAGAGAAAGAACGUGUUGCUUUGGCAAAAAAACUCACUUUGUCGGUAAAGACCGAAAGGGAAGAGGCAGAAGCUAAAAAGAUUAAUGAACUCGAAGAUGAACUCAGUGAAUUGAUUGAUGAAGAAUUUCUUAUGAAAUAUCAAAAGCAGAGAAUGCAGGAGCUUAUGUCACAGUUGCAGAAAGUGCCUAAGUUUGGAAAACUUAUAACACUGAAUAGCCAAGAAGAAUUCUUGAAUUCUAUUGAUAAUGAGGACCCAAAAGUAACUGUUAUUGUUCACAUAUAUGGAACUAAGUCUGUUGCAUGUAAAACUAUGGAUGGUUGUUUGCAAGUUUUGGCAGAAGAAUACCCCACUAUAAAAUUUUGUCGAAUAGGAGCAGAUGUAACUGGCAUGAGUAGGCAUUUUAGAGUGGAAGGAGUACCAGCUUUGUUGGUGUAUAAAGGUGGGCAAAUAAUUGGAAAUUUUGUUCAAUUAGCUACUGAAUUAGGAGAUGAUUUCUUUGCUAAUGAUUUAGAACGCUUUCUCAUAGAAUAUGGAAUGCUUCCAGAAAAAUAAAAGUUACAGAUGACUUUCAGGUCAGAUCUAUAGCAAUAGCUUUCAGUGUGUUCAGUAUUAGUUAGGUAAAUUGUUAUUAUUAAUUUAAUUCAUAAUACAUUUCAAAAAAGUAAUUUAGAUAUAAAUGUAUGAUUUUUUUUAUUUGCAUAUUUUGUCUAUUACGGUUGGUUGCACAGACAUCCAUCAAGGUUUGAUGAUGUCUUUAAGGUCUAUUGAAUGUCAAAUUUGUAUGGAUAAUGUUGUUUGUGCAACUGGCUGUUAAUCAUUUAUUUGCUAGGCAUUGCAAAUAUACUUGAAAUUCAUUCCAUUGAUUAUCAGUGGAUAAUAGACAUAAAAAUACAUUGAUGUUUGGAGAUUUAUCAUUAAGUAAAACAAUGGAAAGAAGUGUGUUACACUUGAAACUUCACAUCAUAACUC